ACUACAAAACUGAAGAAAACGAGUAGAGCAAAUAUAUAUACUUACUCGCCGGAAAUAUACACAUAUAUAUAUAUUUACGUAAGAAAUUGCCUAUAAGCAAGAGAGGAGGGUCGUGAGAGGUCUAGGAAUACUUCCCAAUAAAUUCCAGACCGAUUCGUAGUCACCGGAGCAUCCUAGAGGUCGCCGGAGUUGCAAGCCGUGGAAACGGGUCUUCAGAAAAGACACGAUUUUGCCGUAGAUAGGGGUGGCGGAGCUUCUCCUCGACGUGAGGAUCAUUUUGCAACUGGAAUCGUCGAAAUCCGUUACCUAAGGAGAAUUCAAGUGAAGAUCAAGCUAGAGAUUUUAUUAAGGAGAUUAUCGCAAUUUAAGAUAUCAUGGCACCAAGAAGAGACCCUGAUAACACGCCCACCAAUGCUGAGUUGGCACAAAGCGUUCAGCAACUGGCACAAUUUAUGCACACACUGGGUGCUACUGUGCUCCAGAACAACCAAAACCAGAACAACGGGAAUGAUGCCGCAAAACGAGUGGCAUCUCGCAACCCUCCAAGCUUUCAUGGGCAAGAAGAUCCUCGUAUCCUCGAGAAUUGGCUCCGACUCUUUGACAAACUCUUCGACGCGGUGAGCUGUCCGGAAGAGCAAAGGGUUGACAUUGCUGUUUACUAUUUACAGCAAGAGGCAGAUAACUGGUGGGUCUCAUCAGGCCCAACUUUACGUCAACAACCUGACUUCAAUUGGGAAGCUUUCAAGAUUGCCAUGAGGAAACGUUUUUAUCCUGCACACGUUCAGGCCACCAUGCGUGAUGAAUUCAUACAUUUGAAACAGAUGGGCAUGAGUGUCCAGGAAUAUCACAAUAAAUUCGUGGACCUCGCGCCAUUUGCGAAAACAAUAGUGCCUGAUGAAAGCACCAAAGUUGAGAAAUUUAUCUACGGAUUAAACUAUGAUACGCAGAAAAUCGUCGCUGUUUUGGGUUGCCAAACUCUGACUGAAGCUUAUGAUAGAGCUGCAGUUCACUAUCGAGUUCAGCAACUACAAAGAGAGAGGAACCAGAAGAUGAAGAGGGACGAAGAUGGAGGUCGAGGAGAAAAGAGGGUCAGAGUGCACCCACCUACACAGCAACAAGAAGGGAGGAGGAGGAGAGAUGACCAAGGUGGAAGAAAUUUCCACGGUCAAAACCAACAAAAUGAUCGAAGAGUUGCUCCCAGAGAUAGACACUUCUACUGCAAGAGGUGCGGGAGAGAUCAUCCUGGUGUUAAUUGCGAUGGAAGCCUGACAAAAUGUUUCAAUUGUGGGAAGCUAGGGCACCGAACCUUCGAGUGUCUCUCAAAGACCAAUGGGGCACCAGUGCACCAGGUGCAAUACCGUGAUGGAGGAAGGCCAGAUAUGAACCAAGCUGGGCCAAAUGGAGGACAGAAUAACAACAAUGCCGCCGCCAACAACAACCGCAACCCUCGAGGAGGAGGGGAGAAUAAUCAUGGCAAUGGCAAUGGCGGGAACAAUGGCAACGGCGGAAACAACGGCAACCGUCCGAACCAAGGGCGAAUCAUGGUGAUGAAUCAGGCCCAAGCCAAUGCUAAUGAUGUGGUUUCAGGUACAUUCCUUGUAAAUUCUGAGCCUGCUUAUGUUCUAUUUGAUUCUGGUGCUUCUCACAGUUUCAUAUCUUCUAGUUUCGUUAAGAAAUUGAAGAUUGAACCAACGGCUAGAAUAGACUUGAAUGUAAGAACCGCCUCAGAUAAAUUUGUAACUUGUGGAAAUGUAUACUCCAACAUUCCCAUACUCAUAUCUGAAUCCAACCUACCUGGAGAUUUAAUCCAAUUUGACUUAAAAGAUAUUGACAUAGUACUGGGCAUGGAUUGGUUGGGGAAAUACAAAGCCAGGAUCCUCUGUGAUGAACAGAAGGUGAUCUUGAAGGGUCCAAAUGGGAAGCGAAUAUCUUACAAAGCAAUCACAUCCAAGCCUAGUAUGAGGCUGAUGACUAUGCAACAAUUAAGGCGACAUAUCCGAAAGGGGUAUGAAACAUACCUGUGCUUUAUGAAAGAGGUGAAUACAGGGGAGCCAAACAUUGACCAAAUUGCCGUAGUCAAUGAAUUUCCGGAUGUAUUUCCGGAAGAGAUUCCAGGGAUGCCACCCGAGAGAGAAGUUGAAUUCUCAAUUGAGUUGAUGCCCGGAACCGCGCCAAUUUCAAAAGCACCUUACCGGAUGGCACCGAAAGAAAUGCAGGAGCUGAAGGAACAACUAGAGGAGUUGUUAGAGAAGGGGUACAUAAGACCGAGUGUCUCACCUUGGGGCGCUCCGGUCUUAUUUGUCAAAAAGAAAGAUGGGAGUCUAAGGCUAUGCAUCGAUUACCGAGAGUUGAAUCAAGCAACUAUCAAGAACAAGUAUCCAUUGCCCCGAAUUGACGACUUGUUUGAUCAAUUGAAGGGGGCUAGCACAUUCUCUAAGAUAGACUUGCGCUCUGGAUAUCAUCAAGUGAGAAUAUCCGAAAAAGAUGUACCAAAAACAGCAUUCCGCACGAGGUAUGGACACUACGAGUUCACUGUGAUGCCGUUUGGUUUAACAAAUGCACCGGCGGUAUUCAUGGACUUAAUGAACCGUGUAUUCCGACCUUAUCUUGAUACAUUUGUGGUGGUAUUCAUCGAUGAUAUUCUUGUGUAUUCAAAAACCCCGGAGGAUCACGAGAAACACUUGAGACUCACGUUACAAACUUUGAGAGAGAACCAGUUGUAUGCCAAACUCUCAAAGUGUGACUUCUGGCAGGAUCGGGUAGCGUUCUUGGGUCACAUCAUCACCCAGGAAGGCGUAUCUGUAGAUCCAUCGAAGAUUGAAGCGGUGGUUGAAUGGCGUGCACCUACCUCGGUCACAGAGGUAAGAAGUUUCUUGGGUCUAGCGGGAUACUACAGGAGAUUUGUUAAAGAUUUCUCCAAGAUAGCAGGACCGCUAACCAAUCUGACAAAGAAGACAACCAAGUUCCAAUGGAAUGAAGAUUGUGAAGCAGCAUUCCAAGAGUUGAAGAAAAGACUCACAACUGCACCGGUCUUGACACUACCGUCAGGGACGGAGGGAUUUGAUAUUUAUAGUGAUGCAUCCAAAAAGGGGUUGGGGUGUGUGCUAAUGCAAAAUAGGAAAGUGGUGGCUUAUGCAUCAAGACAACUAAAGGUGCAUGAAGUCAAUUAUCCUACCCAUGACCUGGAGUUAGCUGCAGUAGUGUUUGCUUUGAAAAUCUGGAGACAUUACCUAUACGGAGCACAUUGUAAGAUAUACACUGACCACAAAAGCUUGAAGUACAUAUUCACUCAAAAAGAGCUUAACAUGAGGCAAAGAAGAUGGCUCGAGCUUAUCAAUGAUUACGAUCUAGAAAUCCAAUACCACGAGGGAAAAGCUAACGUGGUGGCGGAUGCUUUGAGCCGGAAAUCUGAGCACUCAUGCCGAGCAACAUGGAUAUUACCAGAAGAACUAUUCCGAGACUUCCAAAGAUUGAGCUUGGAAGUAAAGCAAUAUGGCGAAGUAGAUGGUGAAAUACAGUUAUGUACUAUGACUGUUAUACCAUCUAUCUUUGACGAAAUCAAGAACGGACAACCGGGAGAUGUAAAGCUCGAAAGAGUCAAGGAAGGAAUGAAAGAUGGCGUCAACGGACCAUUUAAGAUGCAUGAAGAUGGGAGCAUCCGAUACAAGGAAAGAUGGUGUGUUCCACUGAAGUGUGCAGAUAUCAAAAAACAAAUCAUGGAGGAGGGACACAACACUCCCUACUCGGUACAUCCCGGGGGAGACAAACUAUACAAAGACCUCAAGAAGAACUUUUGGUGGCCGGGAAUGAAGAAAGAAGUAGCCGAAUUUGUAUCCCGAUGUUUGAACUGCCAAAAAGUCAAAGCGGAGAGAUGCAAACCCAAGGGACUCGUGCAACCCUUGGAAGUACCAACAUGGAAAUGGGAUUCAAUCUCAAUGGACUUUGUCGGGGGUUUACCUUUAACAAAGUCCGGGAAAGAUAAAAUUUGGGUGGUAGUGGAUAGAUUGACCAAAACUGCAAGGUUCAUUCCUAUGAAUGAAACCUGGAGCAUGGAGAAACUGGCUAAAGCCUAUGUCAAACACGUGGUCAAACACCACGGAGUACCUCAGGACAUCGUAUCGGACCGAGAUUCACGAUUCUUAUCCCAAUUUUGGAAAGAAUUACAAACGGCUAUGGGAACAAAAUUGAAGUUAAGUACUGCUUUCCAUCCAACCACGGACGGACAGACCGAAAGAACAAUCCAAACAUUAGAAGACAUGUUGAGGGCAUGUGUUCUUGAUUUGCAAGGAUCAUGGGAUGAACACCUAGACUUGGUAGAGUUUUCGUACAAUAACAGUUACCAUGCUAGCAUCGGAAUGGCCCCAUACGAAGCUCUAUAUGGUCAAAAGUGUAGGAGUCCCUUAUGUUGGGGUGACAUGGUCGAUCAGGUGGUUCUAGGACCACAAUACUUGCAAGAUACUAUUGAGAAAAUCAAGGUCAUCCAAGAAAGGAUGAAGGCUGCCCAAGACCGACAGAAAUCAUAUGCCGAUCUUGGGAGAAAACCAGCUGAAUUCGAACUAGGGGAGAAAGUUCUACUCAAAGUCUCUCCUACAAGAGGCGUAAUGAGGUUCGGGAAGAAAGGGAAACUAAGUCCGAGAUUCAUCGGACCCUAUGACAUCCUAGAGAAGGUGGGAAAAGUGGCAUAUCGAUUAGCUCUACCCACGGAGUUGGAUAAGGUACAUAACGUCUUUCACGUAUCACAAUUAAAGAAGUAUGUUCGAGAUGAGUCACAUAUCAUCAAUCCGGAGGUAAGAAAUCCUAGACUUAACAUGAGCCAAACGUAAAUUGGAAAGAAUAUAAGUUAACCGUUAUAUUAUUAGGUGAUUGAAAUGGAUGAGACAUUAUCCUACGAAGAAAAACCCAUAGAGAUUCUCGAUACUAAGACCCGAGAGACAAGAAAGAAGACAGUUAAGAUGGUAAAAGUACUUUGGUCAAACCAUUUGACCGAGAAUGCAACAUGGGAAACAGAAGAGGAUAUGCGUAAACGGUAUCCUGAAAUUUUCAAUUAAGGUAAAUAUUCGGUUACGAGGACGUAACCUUUCUUUUAGGGGGGCAGGUUGUAAUAUCUUAUAAACCUAUAAUACUUCAUCUUCAUACUCAAUUCUUGUCUUAGUUUAUGCUUCGAGGACGAAGCAUUCUUUAAGGAGGGUAGAAUGUGAUACCUUGGAAAUUUGAAAUAAAAAUAAAUAAACAAAUCAGAUAAGUUAUAUCUGAUAAAUCAAAUGAAAGUAAUAUCAAAGUAUAUUUUUAUUAUACUUGGUGUAUAAAAAUAUACGCACACUACAUGGAAUAGAAUUAAACACUUAUGUGGCAUCAGAAAAAUAAAAUAAAAUAAAAAUAAAAAUAAACCAGAUAAAAUAUAUCUGUCAGAGUAAAUGGAAAUAAAUAAAAUAAUUACAAGUAACUUUAUAAACAUUAAUGAAAUAAAAGAAAUACAAUACAAAUGAAUAAACUAUAAGUAUAUAUAAGUAAUAUACUAUAUAUAUAACUACAUAUAAGUAAUAUAUACAUAUAUAUAUAGUACGUACAUGCAUAUAUAUAUAUAUAUAUAUAUACUACAACAAAAACACACACAUAUUAAUACAUAUUUUGAUAAGAAAAUCAUAACAAAGAUUUGGAGGACAUAUUCACAUGCUAGGAAACAACUUCAUGACUUCACACCUACCAUAUAAUGUGUAUACAUUGAAUUAUGAAUAUGUAUGUAUUUUAUCAAAGUAAUUCACACAAUAAUUCACACAACUCGUCCAGCUCCAUAAGGCUCGAUCUACAGCUAUAAAUACAGCUCCAUUGACAUUCUAAAUCACUACAAAACUGAAGAAAACGAGUAGAGCAAAUAUAUAUACUUACUCGCCGGAAAUAUACACAUAUAUAUAUAUUUACGUAAGAAAUUGCCUAUAAGCAAGAGAGGAGGGUCGUGAGAGGUCUAGGAAUACUUCCCAAUAAAUUCCAGACCGAUUCGUAGUCACCGGAGCAUCCUAGAGGUCGCCGGAGUUGCAAGCCGUGGAAACGGGUCUUCAGAAAAGACACGAUUUUGCCGUAGAUAGGGGUGGCGGAGCUUCUCCUCGACGUGAGGAUCAUUUUGCAACUGGAAUCGUCGAAAUCCGUUACCUAAGGAGAAUUCAAGUGAAGAUCAAGCUAGAGAUUUUAUUAAGGAGAUUAUCGCAAUUUAAGAUGCAGAUUAUCAUCGGAUUUUGAGUUCCAAUUGUGACAAAACCAAUACACGGACAAACAAAAGGUUUAUGGAUGUUUAAUGUGCUCCAAUGCAAGAAUGAGAAGGUCAAAGCACAUGACAAAUUGAUAACUAAGUAUUUAAUACUUGUAAUUGUUUAGUUUGUAAAGUUAAUGUAAUUGUAUUUAGAAUGUAAGUGUACUUAGAUUUGCUUUAUUUUCAGAGAUGUAUCUUAUACGUUAUCAAAAAUGCAUGGUAUGUCAUUGGUGUUAUUGGAUUUCAAACAUAAGUGUAGUAUAAUUUUUUGUGGAAUAUAAUAGUUGUGUGACAAAAA